AUGGAUGAAGAAAGACUACUCAUUUACAGACUUGGUGUUGUGUUCAUAUGCCUCCUUCAUAUGGUAACACUGCGGGCAGAACAAUUCACAGUGACUGGAUUGGAAGGUCCAGUCUUGGCUCCAUUUGGGACAGUACUUGAGCUCAGCUGUCAGUUGUCACCACCACAAAAUGCUCAGCACAUGGAGAUCCGUUGGUUCAGAACCCACUAUACACAGCCUAUUCACCAAUACGAGAAUGGCAAAGACCUGUUUGGAGAAAUUAUUCCCAAAUAUGUGGAGAGAACAGAGCUGCUGAAAGAUGCCAUUAGAGAAGGGAAAGUAACCCUUAGGAUCUUCAAUGUCAAUCCUGAUGAUGACGGGCAGUACCACUGCUUCUUCAAAGAUGGCAAGUUCUACGAAGAGCACAUCACAGAAGUCAAGGUCAUAGCUGGGAGCUCCCAGAUUCAGAUUAUUGUCCAUCCUCCUACUACCAAAGGUGUGAUAGUGGAGUGUCACUCCAAAGGUUGGUUCCCACGGCCUCACUUGGAAUGGAAAGAUAGCAGAGGUGAGAUCAUUCCAGCUGAAUCAAAAUCCUAUUCACGGGAUGAAGACAAAUUGUUCAAUAUGAAGAUGACCCUUCUCCUUCAAAACAUCUCCCUCAGGAACAUCACUUGUUGCCUUUGGAACCCUCUAAUAGGCCAAGAGGAAAGCACAAGCAUUGUUCUACCAGAUGAAAUAUUUUCUUGGAAAAGUAUUUGGAGCUUGAUUGUGACUGUAAUUCUGAUUAUGAUGGCACUCUUCAUCAUAACUCACAGUUAUAAACUACAAGUCAUGGAAGUCUUUGUUUCAGAUGCACAGUUUGACUUGGAUGCUAUGUGGCUAGAUGACAUGACUAUGAUUCUGAGCAUGCUGAUGGUGUUUGCCGUCAUGCUUAUUUUCUUUCUCUACUUCAUACUGAGAGGUAGAAAUAUGAAAUAA